AGCGCCCUGCCCUCUGCGCGCCCCCGUGCAGUAAAGCUCGAGCCUGUUAACGGAGCGGUGUACCCGUGGACGUGUGAUCACAGAUUUCUCCCGAUCAAACUAUCCAUCAGAGCCAGCGUUCAGUUUAACGACACUUCAGCGAUAUCUGGAUUACGAUGGCGCACACGGGUUAAUGAGGAGAGCGUUGUCGUCCGCUGAAGGUACUGAAGGCACAGUUUGUAAACUGUGUGUGGGAGCAACAUUCAGCCUUUAGUUUUUGUGUGAUGGAGGGAUUCCCUGUUCACUGACGCUGCAGCACUGCCCUGCAGUCAUGUCUGCAUGCAACACCUUCACUGAACAUGUGUGGAAACCAGGGGAGUGCAAAAACUGCUUUAAGCCCAAGAGCCUGCACCGGCCUCCAGAGCAAGCCAAUGCUGCCAGUGAGAGCAAGACAAACAUCAGUGCCAAACUCACAAACAGUCAGAGGAGCAUUUCCUCAUCCCGUGCAGGGCAGGUCCGCCCACCUGUUGCAAAGAAGCCUACUAUUGCAGUAAAGCCUACUAUGAUGCUGCCAUGCUCCCCAGCAGGGUUGGAUUCAGAGGGAAAUGUGCCAAGGCCUACAGAGGGAGUACAGGUCACUAAAAGCUCACCAUUCACUGUGUGGAACCACAACAGCCUGAAUAGCUCGAGAACCACAGGGACAAACAACCAAGGAGAGGAUUUGGUUGGGCAAACAGAGGCAUAUGGUGCAAUUUCCCCACAGCCAACUAGAAGCAACAACAACAACGGACUGACGGAUGUGCUAAAAGAGAUUGCUGGCCUGGGACCUUCUCCAAGCUCAAGUAGAGAUGACUUCUUUGGCCGGAUCUGCAGUUCAUACCAGCGCUCGUUAGAGAGGGGCCUUCCAGCAUCAAGCUGUCUCCAUGCUGGGAGUAGUGGUAGUGGAGCAAUGAAACGGGUUUCCCUCAGUGACAGUGCAGAGGUCAUCAGCUCUGAGGGAGGACGUUUCUGCUAUCCGGAAUUCUCCAGUGAUGGCGACGAUGAGGAGGAUGAGAGUGAUGAUGAGGAUGAUGAUGGAGAGCAUGACAGUUGGGAUGAAAGCGAUGAGGAGUUGCUAGCAAUGGGGAUACGGAUGCGGGGUCAACCUCGGUUUGCCAAUUUCCGUGCAGCCACCCUGUCCCCAGUUCCCUUCGCUGUGAGCAAGAAGUGGAAUACAGUGCCUAUACGCAACCGUUCACUGCAACGGUUCUGUGCAGUGGAUUACGAUGACAGUUACGAUGAGAUUCUGAAUGGAUACCCAUCUGUUGACUCAAAUGGAGCUCCUGCUCUUCUGUCAUACACCUCGGACCACCAGGGUUGUGGCUCUCUGUCCACUUCUGAGUCCACCACCUCGCCCGAGUCCUUGAUUUCUCUGCCUGAAGAAUCCUGCUCUGGCAGCAGUAGGGGCACUGGUGACCAGAGAAAUAAUCUUCCUUUCCCACCUAGCAAAGAACCUUCAGCCAAAGGGCUGAGUUCACCAAAACCCAAUGAAACGCACAAAGCUGUUCUAGCCAUCCGUCUGGAAGAACAGGAUGACAGUAAGAGACGAGGUGGUGCUCUCCCACAAGCUCUUCCAGGCCAGCCAAUCACAAUCAGCUUCAGCCCAACCGAGGAGCAGGCCAAGCCUUAUCGCAUAGUGAAUCUCGAGAAGGCUCCUAUCUGUAAGCCUUAUACAGUGGUGGAUGUGUCUGCCUCAAUGGCCACUAAAGAUGAGCACACUCACUUGAGUGAAAGCACUCCAAAGUCAAGUGGGCCUAAUGUUGUGCUUUGCCCUUCUGCUGAUCCCUGUCCUGUCUCACCCACUACGCCUCAGUCUCUCAGAUCUCCUGUUACACAUGUGGCAUCUCCAUCCAUUUCAUUGUCUCUGAUGAUGCCUCAGUCUCCUACGAGUCCUGCCUCUGGAAGGCCCAGUGGUUUCCGCACAAAACCUGGCAGCAUCCGUUACCAAGAAGUGUGGACGUCUUGCACCAGCCCUCGACAGAAGAUCCCAAAAGUUGAUUUAACAAAUGGCAGUGCCGCCCCAAGACUAAUCAAUCACAAAUCAGCUCCCACAUCUCCAUCUGCAUGCUUUGGCUCAGUCCCAAGUAAAUCUCCCAACUUGUCUGAGAUGAAAUAUAACAGCUACAACAAUGCCGGCAUGCCCCCGUUUCCCAUCAUCAUCCGUGAUGAGCCUGCGUAUGCACGCAGCUCCAAAAAGCCAGUGAAAGUUCCCAUAGUGAUUAAUCCCUGUGCAUACGAUAACCUAGCUGUUUACAAGAGUUUCCUGGGGCUCAAUGGUGAGGUGCCACAUUCCAAGCCUGGGGCCGGAGAGCGAGUGGCCAGCAACACAUAUGAGGAGAUUGGAUCUUCUGGAAGUUCCCAGCCCUCGCCGUCUGAGCAGACAUCACCUCAGAUGAAGCACGCAACAGAUGUAACUGCUCCUGGGGAACUGAGGACCACCACAGUAUCCGGACAGGUUGUAAACAAUGGCAAAUCCAGGACUACGACAAUUGUCUCCAUCCUUCCUGCAGGCAGCAUGAGCCCUGGCCCUGCUGUUCUGGCACAUAGCAGUCUGGAUCGUAUUUGUAACCCCAGCAGUGAGCAACCAGAAGAGGGCUUCAAAGAUUGCCAGGUCACAUCGAAUGGACGUUCAGGUCAGAGGGAGAAAGCAAGUGCUGUUCUGUCUCAAAUUGUGGCCUCCAUUCAGCCGCCGCCUUCUCCUCCAGACUCCCCCACUGGCCAGAAUAAGACAUGCAGUGUUGAGGAGCUUUACUCACUGCCACCAGAUGCUUCCAGAGAUGCUCUUAACAGACCUAAAUCACUCCACUGUUCUGCAGAACCUCAAAAAGACACACCACCUAAAGUCCUUCCCAAAUCUCAGAGUGCCUCUGCUGCUGUACCGCCCACAAGCCCCAAAUCUGAACCUAGUGCCCCAUUUCCCCCAGCCCGGUCUAGCUCCUCUCCUUACCACACAAGCAACCUGCUCCAGAGGCAUUUCAGCAACUGGACCAAACAAGCUGGGGCCAAAUCUACUGACAGCGAGAGCAGUCCUGGUGCGGAGGGAAGGCGUUCAACUGAUGGUAACAAGCCAAAGCGCUGGAUAUCCUUCAAGAGUUUCUUCCGCCGGCGGAAGGAUGAGGAUGAACAGAAAGAGAAAAUGGAACGAGAGAAGGAAAAAGGGAAGCUGCUGGGAUUAGAUGGGACUGUCAUCACUGUACUGCCUCCUCCACCUGUACAGAGACAGCACUGGUUUUCAGAGUCCAAGACGGAUGACCCUCACCAGAAACCCACGAUCAUAUUCACCUACAAAUCAGAGAGUGUCACAGGUGGAGAGGAGGCCGAGCUUCGGGUUGAAGAACACAAAGAAGUUGGAGCUUCCAGCCUGUCCACUCCACCCAAGAGCAGAGCCAGUCUCCUCAUCAGCAGAGUCAUGAAUCAGCUUCCAGUUCAGGAUACUGAGAUCUCCACAGCUACCUCUCUUCCUGCUAAACUGGAGCUGUCGCCCCUGCGCGAGCCGCCUGCCUCCUGUCCGCCCCCAGCAUCGCCCGCCUCAAACAGCAGCAAGCACGCAGAGCGAGAGGAAGAGGGAAUCACUUGCACCAACUCUCAAUCUCCUACAUCCAGCAGCUGCAGGGCCACAUACACCAACUUGGGUCAGUCCAGGGCCAACAUGAUCCCUGUAAAACAUCCCAGACAUCCUAAAGCAUCUGAUGACACUUUAACCUCUGAUCCUGAGGCCAUCGAACCCACGACUAAAUCCACCCCUCCACCACUGCCUAAAAAGUCAGUCCCACGUGCCCAAACAGAGCCAUCAGUUUUAGGUAGAGAACUCUCUGCCCCUCGACCCAAAGGAGAGGUCAAACCAGGCGGGACUAGUCUGAGUGUUGCCAAUCCACUCUACGAUCUCGAAUCCACGUGGGAUACUGCCAGUCAGAGCUCCUCGGUCAGCUCAGAGGCACGACAUCCUGACGAAUCUGGAGACUCCCUGGAGCGUCCCGUGGGUGGGCAGAGCCUGUCUUGCCUAACUAAUAGCAGCUCCAUGCUGGCAUGCGACCGCCGAGGCUACCGAAGUACAGAGAGUCUGUCAGCCCAUGCACAAGGGGCUGGGAGACCCGCUAAAUCCCAGAAACAAGUGCCAUACAGAGGCAUGGAGAGCUGGGAGGAAGUGGUCGGAAGGAUCCGAGGCCUGCACACGGAUACCCUUCGCAAGCUGGCAGCCAAAUGUGAAGAUCGAUUUAUGGCCGGACAAAAAGAUCAUCUACGCUUUGGUACAGACAGCUGGUCUCAUUUCCGUCUGACUGCAGGAAAACCCUGCUGCGAGGCAGGAGAUGCUGUGUACUACACUGCAUCUUUCGCUAAAGAGCCUCUGAUAAACUACGCCGUUAAGAUCUGUCGGGGUGUGGUGAAGGAGAAUCAGCAGCAGUUUUUUCACAGCCUAGCGGUUCGGCAGAGUAUCGCAGUUCACUUCAACAUCCAGCAGGACUGUGGGCACUUCCUGGCAGAUGUUCCGGCCCGCCUGCUGCCCUGGGAGCAAGAGGAGGAUGGAGAAGACAAGCAAGGCGGUACGGAAGGAAGAGAAGAGGGAAAAGGAAAGGAGGAUGAGAGAGAUGCGGCUGGUCUGGGCUGGAAACUCUGUAGCCGUGUUGUGGUGAUCACUCGAGAGGUGCCGUUCCAGAUGGUGGCGGAUUUCGUACGGGAGGGUGUGGAGAGGCAUUCGCGAAACCCUGAGCUGUAUGAACGGCAGGUGUGUCUGCUGCUGCUGCAGCUGUGUGCGGGACUAGAGCACAUGAAGCCCUACCACGUCACGCACUGUGACCUGCGGCUUGAGAACCUCCUCCUGGUGCACUGCAAGCCCGGGAACCCUUGGAACCUGGAGCUCACGGAACCGAACAACAACGCUGCAUCUGGACCUUCCUCCGCGACGGCUUCCGCUUGCCCGGCCCGGCUCAUCAUCAGCAACUUCUCUCAGGCCAAACUCAAGAACGUGGUGCGGGAACCCGCUUCGCUCCGAGACCAGUCCCGUCUGGCACCUGAGCUCCUCACUGCCACUCAAUACCGCAAGUGCGAUGAAUUCCAGACUGGCAUACUGAUCUAUGAGAUGCUGCAUCGACCGAACCCAUUCGAGGAAACUCCAGAGCUGAAGGAGAGGGAAUACUGCAGCUCUGACUUGCCCCAGCUGCCCCUGCGGUCCCUGUACUCCAACGGCCUUCAACAGCUUGCCACGUUGCUUCUCAAUCCCAACCCUUCCGAGCGCAUCCAGAUGACGGACGCCCGAGCGUGUUUGCAGUGUCUGCUGUGGGGCCCCCGAGAGGAUCUGUUCAAUUCACUGAACCCCCCCUCCGGGACAGUCCAACGCCACACUGUCCUGCAGAACUGGCUGGACCUGAAGCGAACGCUUAUGAUGAUCAAGUUCGCAGAGCGUUCUUUGGACACUGGCUGCAGUGUGAGUCUGGAGGACUGGUUGUGCUGUCAGUAUCUGGCCUUCGCCUCCACCGAAUCUCUCAGCAGAGUGAUCCAGAUCCUGCAGCAGCCACAGGGUGUGCUUAUCUGAUCGCAGCCGAUCACACCAAUGAAGCUUGGACGUCUAGACAUAUGCGCUGUACAGACGUUUGACUUUGUUCGUGAAUGUACCAUGCAGUGAGUCCGAACGAACUGUUUACAGGAUGAAAAGUGACAAAGUGAAGUCAUAUUUAACUCCACAAAUAAUGGCACAUUUAUAGAGCUGCUUUUAUAAACAAUUGAAACUGCAUGACGUAUGUGUAUGUGUGAGCGUGUUGUAGGUUUUCUGCUGGUGUGUUUAGUUCCGCUUUUUUCUGCUUUAUGGACUCGUGUAUAUCAAGCAGGAUACCACUGAUCCAAUAUCAGCUGCAUCAUGAUUUAUGAUUCCAGUAACUCAUGAAACAAUUUGAUAACUUUUAUAUGUGACCCUGGAGCACAAAACCAGUCUCAAGUCGCUGGGGUACAUUUUUAGCAAUUCGUCCCCUUGGAAUUAUAAGGUUCUAUCUGACAUUUUUGUCAAAAUUGAGUUAUUCACAUAUUCUUAUUCUGUGUCAACGUAUUUACAUUAUGUGAAAGAUUUUUUAAUGUUGUGUACAUCAUGGGACUUUUUAUUUAAAAAACAAUAAGGUUAUAUCUACACAGUUGAAUGGAACACAACAACUUUGAAGCUCAAUAUCUCAAAACUACUCGGAAUGCAGAUCGAACCUUAUAAUUCCAAGGGGACGAAUUGCCAAAAAAGCAUUGUAUGGGUCAAAAUUUUAGAUUUUUUCUUUUAUGCCAAAAAUUAUUAGGAUAUUAAGUAAAGAUCAUGUUCCAUGAAGGUAUUUUGUACAUUUCCUACCGUUAAUCUAGCAAAACUUAAUUUUUGAUUAGUAAUUUAAAGGUGACUUUCAGAUGACGUAUAAAUCUCAAUUUUGAGAAAUUGAACCUUAUGACUGGUUUGGUGGUCCAGGGUCACAUAUAAUCAUCACAUAUUAGAGUUUGUGUAAUGGGCAUCAAAUUAAGGGUUCUUGAGUGAUUAUGUUAAGUCACUGAAAGAAUGAAUUUUAGUCUAACAUGUCUAACUUUAUAAGUGUCUGUGUGUGUGUAUAAAUAUAUAUAUAGAGAGAGAGAGAUUUAUGGAAAGAGGCAAAACAUCAUCUUUCAUCAGUCAUUUCACUCAAAGGUUUAUCAGAUCCUGAUAUAUCGUACAGAUUAGCUCGAGAGUACAGAUUGGAUAUUUUUCUACCACCACAAGAGCACUGUAAAGUUUACCAAAGACUAAACACUAUGAACCACAAAGAACAAAACAUAUUUUUACAUUUUGCGUAGUCGAAGAGAAGAUUUUAUUACUCUCCCUCUUAUAGAAAGUGUCCUUAUGUACCUAAAACAAAUGCAGUUUGGUUCUUCAGCAGUACUUUGGUUCUUCAAAGUACACAGGCGCAUUUCCAAUCAGAGGAAUUGGCACCAAACCCGGUCUAAUCAAACUAGAGUCACUCCAGAUUCUGAUUAUAGCGUUUACACUUGCAGUAAAGGCUCUGAACUGCUUUUGAGACAUAUCGGGAUAAAUAUUACCCUGACCUGAUGUAUGUGCAAUUAUUAAAAAACAUUUGUGACAGUAUUUUAGACACAUUUAAUGCACUUGAUAUUCUAAGCAUGCGUUUAUUCUUUAUCUUCCUGUUCCUGUUUGGCACAUAACUGAUGAGAAUGCAAGCUUUGGGAUCAGACUCCCAGAUAUUUGACUGUGUAUGUGAAGCAUUAGUUUGGACCAGGGACGGUACAUUCUUCAGCGUUUUGUCCUUGUUGUAGUGUUAUUUUGAGGCAUGAGUGUGUGUUUCAGGCAAUGGCAAUAUAGAGAUGGACUUCAGAGUGAAGUGUGAGGCACACACAAGCUGCAUCCCAGCAGCUUGUGGAUGGUAACAUACCAUCCACCUUUAGAUAUAAUAUUUUUUGACAUACUAUGAUUUGCAUACUUUAUAGUAUGGAUAGUAUGCAAACUGGGAUGCAGAUAUUGUCAUCCUUCCAUUUGUAUUGUUACUUCAUUUACACAUUCAGGUAAAAGAAAGGGAUUGCAAAAAGGGAUUUACUGAUUGUUAGUGCUGAGAAAGGGUUCGUGUGAGGUCAGAGAUUAUCUGUCAAUCACAAACUAGGGCGGGACCACUGGUUUGCUCACAUCUUCCAUUUCCGAAGCAGCAGCUACAGUUCUGUCAAUUCUAUUAGAAAGAAACCGGAAUAUUGUGUUUGUGAGUGGAAAAAUUGCGGUGCGUGUCACACUUAAUGUUUGCGGGUCACACCAUAGCAAUAUGUUGUAUUGAAUUGUAUUUGUAUAUAAUAAUUUGAGUGAGGUUUAAAUCCAUUUUAGCAUUACAGGCACGAUUCUGUGUCGCAGAAAGAACUUGAGAGAGAGAGUGAAAGUGACAGCAGAUGUCUGUAAUCUGAAGAUCGUGUGUUUUUACUCAUCCACCAUCAAUUGAUCAGUUUCUUUCACAUCAUUUCAACUGAAAUCAUGUAUUUACUGUUAUUUACAAAAUGUUUAUUGCCAGUGAUGAUUUCACAAAACUGCUUUUACCUACAACUGCAUAUCCCAAGGUGUUUAGCUCUACAUUAAUGAGUUAACUGCUCAUAAUAAAAUUAUGAAUAUGUUUUUAAAACAA